AAAGUCUUUGGCCUUUCCUCUUUAGCAAGUAUCCAAAUUUCCUUCAAAAUCAAAGUGGAAAAAAAAAAAAACAUAAAAUAAAUCCAAGAAAAUUUGUGGGUUUUACACCCUUUGCGAUUCUUGAUUAUUACCAACAAUGAGUCUUACAGAAUUUGCUAUGGUAGAAGAACUGGCCUUUCUUAUCAAAGAUAAUCUUCCUUGCAAGCAUCUUAUCCUAUCUAUGGAGGAGACCCUAGUCAAUUUCCUUCUAGAUGAUACCAGUUCUGAUGGAAUCUUGGAGCUUGAACCAACGAAUCCAUAUAACCGCCUUCUCUUACAUCGUCUUGCUGAUAUAUUCGGGUUUUCUCAUCAAUCAGUUGGUGAAGGGGAAGAACGGCACUUGGUUUUGGAGCGCUGCUCAGAUACAUCAAUACCUUCCAUUCUCAUUAGUGAUCUCCUGUGGCAGUAUGACGAGGAGCUCCAAUCUCCAAGGACUGUAGAUGUAAUAUAUAGAAGAAAAGAAGAUUCAGAAGGUAAGGAUUUUUAUUGCUUUUCAGGGUCAAAGGUAGAAGAGACACCAACACCAAUCUUUAACCUUUCCCUUGAGGAGAGGGAAGAAGCAUAUAUGGCAGCCCGAAAACGGAUUUUUUCAGUUGAUCAAGGUGAGACAAGACAAUGUGUGAAGGAUAGGCCUCAAAAAGAUCCUACGGUUGCCCGUCGUAUGAUUGCACAUGCACUUGGCCAAAGAACCAGACCUGUUAACCUAGAGAUCCACCAUGCAAAUACUGACCAAUCUGAAGAACAAGCCAAGGAAGAAAGGCCGACAAAUUUGGGCAAGCAGACGUAUAGGGAGGUUAAAACUCCCCCUGCAAAAUAUCCAGGUUCAGGUGGCAAGCCCAAAAGCAACAAAUCAAAUGGCAGUAAAUCACCACAUAUUAAGAAGAGCACACCUAAAAACACUGAUGGGACGAGUUCCUCAAUGAUAGUGAAAAAGGAGGGGAAGGUUAACAAAGAUAGUAUUCGCGAAGAACAUAUCGGUGCUGCUAAGAGAAUAUUUGCCAAUGCUCUAGGGUUUGCAAGAGAAGGGAAUACAUCAAAAUGAGGUCGAACCACCUUGCAGCAGUGUCUGAAAUAAGGAAUAUAAUGUAUUCUUCGUGAAAUGGUUAAAGAGUAGCCCGUGCAGCCACACAAACCAUUGAAGUAGUCAAUGAUCUCGAGCACUUUGUGAUACUCUUGUGAAAUUUGUGCCACAAGGAAAGUGAACGGUGGUAAGUUUGUGCUAGCCCUUUGAUAGCUGCAUCGAAUAUGUUCAUCAAGGAACUUUGGGUUAUAGAAUUCGAAAGCCACUGAAUCCAAUUCAUCGACAAGUUUAAGGUCGUAUAAAGUUUGUGAAAUUUGCCUCGUCUGUCUGUAGUACAGAUUUUCUCUGAGGGACCUCGUUGGCGACCACAUUCGUCAUUUUCUUUUGCCUUUUCUUCAUUAUGAUGUACAACUUCAUUUUAGUUUAAUAGAGUUUGAAAUUUGAACUUGGCUUUUUGGCCAUGGAAUUGCAAGUUAUCAGCAGUAGUAUAGUCUGUAGAUUACAGUGGUACUUUUGGAAUUUGGAUUUGUGAAUGAGUUUAAGAUUUGCUUGGUUGGCUUGGA